AUGCAUUCUACAGGCAUUUCUAGCCAACAGGACCAUUAUGACUUUGUGAAUUACUUGAAGAGUAAAUUGACGGUGGAUGGCAGAGAGGUGUGGGUAAAUCCAAACGCUAUUGAAGGCAUUCUUUGGAGGGCAACUCCUGAGAAAAUAAUUGAAAAUGGAAAAAUCAUCAUCGCUUACCCAGAUAACGACUUCCGGGAUAACCAUGACUUGGAUAUCCUUUGGCCAAAAGUUCAUCAGUAUUGGGGCAACAAACAAAACAUUGAUGAUCUUCGAAAAUAUAUACUAGAAAACAUAAGUGAACGAAAAAACCAAGGAAGCUAUAAGUACACAUUGACAGCUGUGAUGGCGCAACUCACUGGGAAUCUGCGGAAGAUACUAGAUAACAUGUCUGAUGGCCUGAGUGCCCAAGCGGUUGAGAACUGCAAGAAGAUUCACGACCUCUUCCUCGACGCCGACCUGAGUCUGGACACCAACGUGCUAGCCGUUGACUUCUUCCGAAUCAUGGGAGUUGUAAGAUUGGCAUUCAUAUGGAACGAGCGAAUCUAUUACAAGACUACCUGCGAUCCCCGACAAACCUACUCAGAUUCCUAUUACCAGAAAAUUCUGAAUCCUUAGAAGUCGCUGCAAUCGAUCAUGUUUCACUCAUAAAUAGCUUUAAUAAAUCCGAAAUUUAAUCAA